GGCAGGGCUGCCGCCGCCGUCGGUCAACGCGCACGUACCACGGGGUUCACACCCAUCUCGCGCUGCGGACAUCUCGCGCCGUUUCCCCCCGGGGUCGACCUCGACGUCGUCCGCGAGGCGGAUUCACCAUCCCCUCCGAUCGUUCCCCCCAAGUUAGUCGGACUCGCGCGAUUCGGCCGGGGGUUCGAGACGUUUAUGCCGCUCCCGAGGUGCACACACACACUGCGCGGCACCGAUUAGGGUGGUGGUUUGCGCGCCGUCGUGACGGCGGAGGGUGAGAAAUAGAGCACGGCACAGUUGCGUGUGUCUUAACCCGGAGAGAGAUCCCCGUGACACGAAGAGAGAGAGAAGAGAGACGAAGACAGACAGUGCGCGUAAGUGCGUAAGUGCAGCGUUUCGUGCGGGAAAUCGUCCGAGAAGAUCCGAGUCUGUGAGAUCCGAAUCGCAGACCUCUCGGAUUCGGAGAAGCCGAGAUUACUCUCGACACUGGGGGAUCUCCUUGAUCCUUGGGCGAGAGAAGGAGCAGGGCGCGAGAGUGCGUGCGGACAGUCGAGAAGAGACUCGGGUUAUCGGAACGGGGAGCGAGGAGGGCCGAGAGUCGUCGUUACGCGAACACGUCGGUGGCCGCGGUGAUGUCGAACGCGAGAUCCCGCGAGAUCCUCGCGCGAGCCCGUUGCACCAGGUGAUUCGAUCCUCGCCUUCGUGCGUCGCCGCGCUACGUGGAGCGACACGAGGGACGUACUGUCGCUCCCGCGGGCGUCAUUUAAGCGUGAAUUAAGCGUCCCAUCGGGAGAAUUAUAUACGCGCCGGGGGAACCGUGAGAAUAGACCAGUCGAGAUUUUACGAUCGCGGAUCGAUCUGAUUCAAGCGAACGCGCGCAUCAGCAAGCGCGUAUCGAUAAGCCGUGAGAGGGAGAGAGAGAAAGAAAGAGAGAGAGAAAGUGGCAGUUGCGUAAGGGAGUGAGAAUUGCGCGCGAUGAUCUCGAUCGUCGCCAGGGAAUCCCGCGGGAAGUCCGGGACGUCGUGCGUAAUCCCCGCGCUACGGGCCAGAUGCCCCGUAACGAUCGACAUGCGACCGCACGAAGGGUGGUAGCGUGCACAGUAAGAUCGGAGCAGCAGCAACAGCAGCAGCAACAGCAGCAGCAACAGCAGCAACGGCGGCAGCAGUAGCGGCAGCAGCUGGUCAGAGCUAAUACGCGCUUCCGGCACCGUGCACCGCCGCGCGGGGCUGAUGCGGUGGAUGCGAAACGUAACAACGACGGAACGAUGGCCGGUGGUGCGUGCACGGAAACGGCACACGAAACGUUAGUCGAAGCGGUGAUCAAUAAUAAGACGCUCCGGCUCGCCGAAGGAUUGUGAACCGGCGAUCGCUCAUUCCUCACGCCGUGGCUCGCGAGGCACGUCGCCGUAAGGAUGUAGGGGGGCCCGCGAUAACGGGCCCCGUGGAGGCGCCGCUUCGUUCCCUCUCGCUCCCCUCGCGACGACCGCGACGUACCGCGCGAGGACGAUCUGACGACGGGAAAGCCAAGGCGCGCGAUUUAUAAAAAAAAAGAAUAAAAGAGAAAGAGAGAGAAAGAGAGAGAGAGAGAGAGAGACGAAAGAAGAACAUAAUACGUAAUAAUAAAAUCGCGACACACCGGCGCAGUGCCGAACGUAAAGAUAAUUAUGUGUUCCUUAGUCCAUCUCUUAGGUGGCUCCGAGUUAUUGAACGUGUAUCGUAGUUCUCGUCGUAGUAGCAAUUUUCUUAUACCACCCUCGUGUGGAGCAUAGAUGCCUUAGUGUGCGUUUAGCGGAGAGAAAGAAAGAAAAGAGAAGUAAAGAGAGAGAGAGAGAGAAAGAAAGAGGGAAGUCUUGGAUUCCUUGGAUAAACAAUCGAUCGACGAUCUUGCGAUACGAUCGUAAAUGCGGCGAGCACGUCGGAAGGCGCGGUUAAAUGCACGUAACGGUGCACGAUAAAGGAAAGCCACUCGGAAACGGAAAAAAUAGAGGAAGAACGAAACCGGGGAAAGCCGUGAGAGAGAGAGAGAGAGAGAGGAAGAGGGGGAAGUAAGAGUGCGUUCUCCGUGUCGUACGAAAAAUAUAAUCGUUGUUAUAGCCGGCCGCGAAGUAGGUCACGAGGUCGAUACUAAAAUGAAGUGAAGAUGCAAGAGGAAACCGGGAAAAUGGCAUGUGCUAACGACGUUAAUAACGGUGGACCGAUUUUUCGGGGCGGACCCGGCGUUAGUGCGAAGUAAUUAGUGAUUUACCGUGCACGUUGAGCGCGCGCGCGCGCGCGCGCGCCAUUCGCGCGGAGUGUCGCGCGAGGUAAUCUAAUAGCGGACUACCCCUACGUACGGCGGAUAAUUACUAGCGAAAAUGGUCGAUCUAGGAGGAUACAUUAUUAUACUGACGAACGACGACGGGAAGAUCAAGCUGUACGGCUCGCCGGCGGACAAUGUGGACACUCUGGAAGUAAGCGAUGAAAUUUUAGAAGUGAACGGUCGCACCUUGGAAAAUGCAACUCAUAACGAAGUCAUUCAAUAUAUACAUCAGUGCAUCAAAUCUCGAACAAUAUGUCUGCGUCUCCGGAGAAGCGGAAACAAGAUGGAAGAGCUGGACGGGCCAAACGCUGGGCGGAUACGAGACGCCUGGGUUAUCGCCGUCGAGAGGAGCGCGAGGGAGAGGCUGCAGAAAUUGACGGCACUCAAGAAGAUCCAGCCGCGCGACAUCCAGGCCAUUUUACAUCAGCGGAUAAACGAUGCGGUAGCGUCCACGAGCGAAGACUCCACUUCGAAAGACGUAUCGAAUGGCCAAAUUACGGUUACUUUGGCGGACAAGGAAUUGGGGACGAAUGCCUUCUCCACCAAGCUCAGCAACGGUACGAUUCCCAAGGGAUUAGGAAAAGAGGCGGACAUCCGAGUGGAAAACACCUCGCAGGAGCGGAAGGACGCUUUGGAAAAGCAACACAGCUGCGAAGAGGCGAAUCUCUUGCAACCGGUGCAGAGCGGAAGAAUCGGGGAACGGCGCUCGAGCAGCCCUUUCCAAAAUGGUCGGACGGAAGUGCUGAUUGGCGAACCGGAGGGCGGCCCGAGGUCGCCGCGGGGUUCGACGUCUUCGGCGGUGAACGACGGCAAUUUCCUGAAUCCACCGGACGAGCGAGACGAACCAAUUUGCAGGUCCCGAAGGCGUAGCGGUAGUGGCGUGACGGACAUACACUCUCAGCAACAGCAGCAGCAAUUGCAGUUGCAAGAGAACAACAACAGUAGCUCGCGCGACGCGAAGAAGCCGCAGGAGGGACUGGGGCCCGAUGAGAUGUGGGCCCCUGGCACCCUGGGCCAUCAUCGGGAGCUACCUGUUGAUGUGCCCGACACCCUUCUACAAAAGGCCUACCCCAACAAGGUAAAGAACUGCUCUUCCGAUUAUAGGAACGGGCUACAGCAUCGUCCCCGUAGCGCUAGCGACCUCGACCUCUCCCUAAACCUUAAAAACGAGACCCUUAAGACGCGCACCAUCGCGGACGGACGCGCUAGACUCGUAUCGAACGAUCGCGCGGACGACGUCGUCGACGCGACGGCCAGGACGAUUAACGUUCACAACGGUUUUAAAGGCCGUCAACGGCCGUCGAUGCUGAAGAUCGAGCUGAAUAUCGAGGACGAGGAGGAGAAAGUGAAAGUCACCAGGAAGAACCUGGGGCUCGACAAGUAUCGCGACAGCCCGGCCGGCUCGCCGGACUUGAAGAGCACCUUCAAAGCUUUCGAGGUGUACGCGAACGUUGACGAGGACGCGGGCGGACAGAAGGAGUCCAGCGUCGAUAUCGAGGACGACUAUCCUUUCGCCAAGGAGGAUUACCCAACCAUGCUGAAGACAUGCAGCGACGAUUCCGCGAGCCCGAGGAGCUCGUCGGGUAGAUCGGACAGCACCGCGCCCCUCGAUACCAGUCUGAUGCUCAGGCAUAGCAAGAGCCACAAAGACUCCCCGACUUACGACGUCCGAAGGAUAGACCUCGGCUCUCCGUGUAGGUCGGUGGUGCCCGACAUCAAGGUAGCCCCGCUCUUCGGCCGUACCCGGGACACGACUUCCUUCGACAAUCCGGCUUACGGACUGACGGACUUGCAGGACCUUCAGGGGCUGCUGCGAUCCGACGAGAUGUCGGACUUGACCAGACUGAUAGACGAACAAUCUCCGAUCCCAAGGGCUCCGCAGGAUCAAGACAAAGUCUCGCCCGUUCGCGUCAAGGACCAGCAGAUGGAACCUCCCCAGACCGAGCCAGCGAGCAAGUCCGGCAAGAGCCCGACGAAAGCCCGUCGUCCGAACGACGAGCGAGCUAAAUUGAAGGCGAAAACCCGCAGCCUCGAUAUCGAGGAAUUGAUUCGGGCCGGCUCGACCGACGAUCUCCUCGGCAUCGAAUUGAGCAACCUCUCCUCCUCGUCCUCCUCGUCCCGGCAACGGCCAAAGAAGAAGCGGCACCAGCAGAUCUCCAGCGGCUAUUCCACACUGAGGAGCGAGGCCUCUGGCGAUCUCGAGCUUAACGCGGACCGCAGCUUCCUCGUGGUGGGUAGAAAGCCCUACCGCGAGGUGGCCGUCGAUUGCCCACCGGAUUUCGUGCCGGUCACCAAGUGCCACCCGAUAUACCCGCCGCCGAAUAAGACCCCGGGCAACAGCAAGCACAACACCCUCGAACCGAAGCGCGAUCGCGCGGGUGUCGCUAACGAGGGGAGUUCGUGCGCUGCGACUACGACGGUGACCAUGACGACUACGACGACCACCACGCUCGUAGCCUCCCCUCGCCUCUCCCCGAACGAUAAUAGCUUCACAACGCUGUCUAGUGCCGAUGAUAGCGCUAAAGAGACCGUGGUCGCGCGCUCGGUAGACCAUAAGCACAGCUUGAAGAAGGUAAGGUCCAGAGUCAAGAGCUUGAUAUGCGACAGCUUACAAUCUAUCCUGCACCACGAGCAUGGCGCUUCGCUUGGCGCUUACAGCACGCAACGCCUUAACGCACUGACGCAGCCUCACCCUAGCGAUCCUGUUUUACGAUCGUUCAUCAUGAACCCUGGCAAUUCCAACAAGUUUACGCGAAUGCGAAGAUCGUUGAACGAACAAGACGGCAAGCUCUUGCACAAUCAAGGCAUCGAGAAUCCCUGUUUCGAGAACGUUUUCUUAGAUCGAAAAUUUCCGGAGAGCGGAGGACAUCAGUCAUCCUCCGCUCCUCCUAAAGAGGAGCUCCUUAAAAAUUGGCAAAAUCCCUUUCUCGAGGAAACUGCUAAUAAUAAAGUGACCUCUUCCCUUUUCCUAAAAGCGCGCGCACACGCGACUGGCGGUUCUAUACGCUUGAACGUCCUCCCCCCUUUCAAAGACAAAGUCGUGAGCUCUUCUCAAGAACAACUCUUCGGUUUCGAGAAGGAAACCGAGGAGAUUAUCUUCUCCGAUCGUCCGAGCGAGAUCGGCUCGUUGCCCGAGGAAGACGUCUCGGUCAAAGUCCCGAACGACAUUCACGCCCAAUCGUCCUUCAUCCAAGAGACGAAUCAGAAUUCUCGGAAUUCCCUGCACGAGCUCUCCGCCUCGGAGCAGCGCAUUGUGCGUGGUUUAUUCGACGACACGAGUCAUUCUAAUAAUUGUCAAUCGCGAGAAAAGAAGCGACGUGACGGCGCUCACCAUCCCGACGAUUCGCCGAGUGCGCAAAAUCAGACGAAUUCAAGGCUCUCUUUCGAGUACGAAUGUUCCAAAUUGUUGGACGUCCCGUCUGCGCUGCCCGACAAUGGCGUGAAAUUUCACGUUAGUUGGAGAAGCAUGUCCGACCUUCCAAAUUUAACGGCCGACCGGCACUCGGCGAAUCACGUGGCGGCCGCAAGGAGAUCCCUUUCGCUCUCUGACUUUGUUUCGAUACCGACGAAAAUCACGUCUUCACGACCCACGCCCGUCGCGUGGGACAGAUUUGACAACCCGAUAAUUUUACAUGACGGACUUUCCGACGAACUUGCGAAGCAGAGCUUACCAAAACCACCGAUGCACCCUGCGAGGAACCGUUCGCUCAAGUCGCACGUCGACGCUCUCGAACAGCAGGCCGGUCUCAACGGGGUCAAGCCUGCCAUCCCGCCGCGCGACCAGAAGAGGGCACCUGCCAGACCGCCGAAAGAUAAUCUGCGCCUCUCCACGCAGAACAAUAAUGUCGAGACGAGCGAUAACGCCAAUGCCGAGCCGACGCAGCAGCAGCUUCACUCUAUCAGGAAAUAUCAGGAGCAGUUACGAAAGCGAAAGGAUGAGGAGGAGAGGCAGGAAAUGCUCAGCCGUUCUCUCCGUGGCUCUAAAAAGCUCCAAGCUUUGGAGAGCCACGCGACGAGCCUCAGCGGUCAAGAAAAUCUUGCUUACGCACAGGACGAGGUGACCACCGGCGUCAGUCGAGUCACGCAUGCCACUCCUAAUGCAGUCCAAGAAGUGGAAGAGCCCCCCAGGCCUCUCACGUACGGCGAGGUCGUUGCUACGCUGGAGAGGCUGCAGCUCCAACUGCGGAAUAUUUCAGGUGCUCUCGGUAUUUCGGGUCCAGGUGUUGAAGCCGAGCUCGAGGCGGUCCGGACACUCUUGGUGCAGAAUCGAUUUGCGUCCGCCCUGGCGACUCGUCACACUUUAAAAAGUCGGCUAAGGGCGAGCAAGAUUUUCAAGCAUCACGCCGACGACGCAUCGAGUUUGGCGCGAGAUUGCGUGGAUAUCCUUGAAAAAUGGCAAUCGUCGUCGACCGCAACAGGUGUCGGCGGAGCAGAAACAAUAGCUGCCGUGGAAGAGUUAACGAGUAUUCUAACAAGUUACGACAUGGAAGCUCUGCUUCUGGCGCACGACUCCAUCGUCUCAUACGUGGAGGGCUUACAAAGGAAGCAGAGCCCGUCGUCGUCGCCACCCAGCGGCCCGCCCAGCCCGACGUCCAGUUGGAAAGAUUCCCAUGUGGUCGACAACAUCAAAAUCAUCCGAAUUGAGAAAACUAACGAACCUCUCGGUGCCACCGUCCGAAACGAAGGGGAUGCGGUGAUCAUAGGACGUGUCGUUCGCGGUGGUGCGGCGGACAAGUCGGGACUCCUGCACGAGGGCGACGAGGUGCUCGAGGUGAACGGAGUGGAGAUGCGUGGCAAGACCGUCAACGAGGUCUGCGAUAUUCUCGCUGGCAUGCAGGGUAGCCUCACGUUCUUGGUACUUCCGGCUCCGACGAGCCACCGAAAUAAUUUAAGGAGAGAAGACACGACACAGAUACACAUACGAGCGCAUUUCGAUUACGAUCCCGAGGAAGACCCGUACAUACCGUGCAGAGAGUUGGGCGUGAGCUUUCAAAAGGGCGAUGUGCUCCACGUAAUUUCCCAAGAGGAUCCUAACUGGUGGCAAGCAUAUCGAGAGGGCGAAGAGGACCAGACACUGGCUGGCCUGAUACCCAGCAGAGCGUUUCAACAUCAGCGAGAGUCCAUGAAGCAGACGAUAGCCGGCGACAAGUCGACGGUACGAGGCUCGAAAAAGUCCAGCACGCUAUUGUGCGCGAGAAAAAAUCCAAAGAAGAAGAAACGUAACAAGUUCGGCUCGAGCUUCAAUGACGAUGGGUAUCCACUUUACGCGACAACUGCCAUAGACGAUUACGACAGCGAGGAAGUGCUGACGUACGAGGAGGUCGCCUUAUACUAUCCUCGUGCAAAUCACAAGAGGCCAAUUGUACUCAUCGGACCACCCAACAUCGGACGACACGAACUCAGGCAGAGAUUGAUGCAAGACAGCGAACGUUUUGCCGCAGCGAUUCCCCACACAAGUCGUCCGAAGAAGGACUCCGAGGUCGAUGGACAGGACUACCACUUCAUCUCCCGCGCUCAGUUCGAGUCCGAUAUUCUCUGUCGGAAGUUCGUCGAGCACGGCGAGUACGAGAAAGCGUACUACGGCACGUCCGUGGAGGCCAUCAGGACAGUGGUUAAUUCCGGGAAAAUCUGUGUCUUAAAUCUGCAUCCCCAGAGUCUUAAGAUCCUGCGAAAUUCGGAUCUGAAGCCGUAUGUUGUGUUUAUCGCGCCACCGAGCCUCGAGAAGCUGAGGCAGAAGAGGAUCAAAAACAACGAGAGCUUCAAGGAGGAGGAGCUGAAGGAUAUAAUCGAGAAGGCCCGUGAGAUGGAGGACAAGUAUGGCCAUCUGUUCGACAUGCUUAUCCUUAACAACGACACGGAUCGGGCGUAUAACCAGCUUCUCACGGAGAUCAAUUCACUCGAGAGGGAACCUCAGUGGGUGCCUGCGUCUUGGGUUCAGUAACUUAAGCGCGGUCUUAAUCACGCCGCGCGCUUUAAGACGAGCGUUUUCCAUACGCGUGUUUCGACGGGGUGCGAGGACGGCGAUCGGAGGCCAGUAUUGCGGUAUCUGUUUGCAAGACAAGUGCUUUCACGCAAUUUUCCAAGUAAGACUUCGAGGCAAGUCUGACGAGAAAUUCGGAGGAACUGGUUCUUCUAUACAGGUGCCUGUUACAUAGUUUUAUGUUUCUUACGCAAAUCUUAAAUCUUCCCCGGUUAACUGUAUUUGCAAGUACUUACUCGCCUGACAGAGUCUUCCGCGUGUGUUGUCGUACUUUGGUGCCAUGAAUAUGACGGAGAAUCGUCGGAAGCAAUUCUUCAAGGGGAGAGAGAAGGAAGGAGAGAGAUGGAAGAGGAAUGAAUAUUCUGCAAAAGAGAGAAAAAAAAAGAAAUUCUCCCAAACCUCUACGACGGACUUACUCCUCGACGUAGAUUUUCUUGCGUUUGAUAUAGAAAGGAAGAAUACGUGGUGAUUUAUAUACCGUGACGAGGCGACCGUUCUCCGAGGCUCGGUUGCAUCAACGAUGUUUCGAAUUUGAGUGAAUGUAUAAUCAAAUACGCGGACGAUAAUCGGCCGGAAAAAAAAUUUAAAUUUAAGUUACGCUUGAAUUUCAAACAGAGUUGCUGCAGUUUAGCCUUAUACUUUUGGUGUCCCGUGGUUAAUCUCGACUGAAAAUACGUUCGUAACGUCGAAGUUUCCGAGAUAUUUACGGUUACAUUCUCUUGACUGACAAAGCGGUUAACAUUAUUAUAUUAGAUGCGCGAGAUAUAUACAAGAAGUAUCAUCUUCUCGGUGCGCCAAAGCACAUCUGCCGAGCGUUUUGCUCUUUCUUACAUUAUUAGCCCGUUCUACGUGAGGAAAUGUACCUGACCUGAUGUCUCCUGAAAAAAA